AUUAUUGGAUUAGUAACCUUACUACUAGCUAAAAUAAAUGCUAUAUUUGAAUUUGAUUUAAAAAAAAUUAUUGCUUUUUCAACUUUAAGUCAAUUAGGCUUAAUAAUCCAUAUAUUAGCCUAUCAACUACCAAAUUAUGUAUUUUUCCAUCUUAUUUCUCACGCUAUAUUUAAAUCUUUAUUAUUUUUAUGUUCAGGAAUCAUGAUUCAUUUUUUAAUAAAUUUACAAGAUAUUCGAUUAAUAGGCUCCUUAAUUUAUGAAUCUCCUUUAGUAAUUAUAUUUUUUAACUACUCUAAUUUAUCACUCUGUGGCUUUCCUUUCCUCUCAGGAUUUUACUCUAAAGAUUUAAUAUUUAAAAUAACACUUAAUUACAUAAUCAACCCAAUUAUUAUAACUUUAAUAUAUUUUUCUAUCUCGUUAACUAUUUUUUAUUCUUUUCGACUCAUAUUUUAUUUAACCUUCAAUAUACCACACUCUAGCCCUAUAAUUCUUAAAAAAGAUAAUUUUUUAAUAAAUUUUUCUAUUUUCAUAUUAUUUAUUAUAUCUAUUAUUUUUGGUAACUUAAUUAAUUGA